CAACGGGCUGUGGCCCCGCCUUUAGCCGCCAUUGCCGGGCCUACCUGGCCACCCUGCGCCGCGACCUUGCGUCCUCUCCCCGGGCGGAGCGGGUCGGCGGGCCUGACAGGGAACCUCCCUGACCGAGCCCACGUCUCCCCACGGCCAGAGAAAUCUCCGGCCCGGCCCGCGUCGCCAGCCCCCAGGCCCGGAGGAACGGCCCGAGCCCAGGAGAACCACAUCUUCGUCCCAGCCCCGGAGGCUCCUGUGGGCAAGAUCGUGAGCCAACGGGUUCCUGAGGCCCCUCCUGGCCAGGCAGGGUUUCCCCGCGCGUUUCCGAGGAGCCCUGCCUGGCCGGGCGGCUGGACAAACAGUGCACUUGCCGGCGGUCCCAACCCAGCAGGAGAAGUGGACAUGAGGUUGGCAGGCCCUCUCCGCAUUGUGGCCCUAGUCGUCAGUGUGGGUCUCACAUGGAUCGUGGUCAGCAUCCUCCUGGGUGGGCCUGGCAGUGGCUUUCCUCGCAUCCAGCAACUCUUCACCAGUCCAGAGAGCUCAGUGACUGCAGCGCCACGGGCCAGGAAGUACAAGUGUGGCCUGCCCCAGCCGUGUCCUGAGGAGCACCUGGCCUUCCGUGUGGUCAGCGGGGCCGCCAACGUCAUUGGGCCCAAGAUCUGCCUCGAGGACAAGAUGCUGAUGAGCAGCGUCAAGGACAACGUGGGCCGCGGGCUGAACAUCGCCCUGGUGAACGGGGUCAGCGGCGAGCUCAUCGAGGCCCGGGCCUUUGACAUGUGGGCCGGAGAUGUCAACGACCUGUUGAAGUUUAUUCGGCCACUGCAUGAAGGCACCCUGGUGUUCGUGGCAUCCUACGACGACCCUGCCACCAAGAUGAAUGAAGAGACCAGAAAGCUCUUCAGUGAGCUGGGCAGCAGGAACGCCAAGGAGCUGGCCUUCCGGGACAGCUGGGUGUUUGUCGGGGCCAAAGGUGUGCAGAACAAGAGCCCCUUCGAGCAGCACGUGAAGAACAGUAAGCACACCAACAAGUACGAAGGCUGGCCUGAGGCGCUGGAGAUGGAAGGCUGCAUCCCGCGGAGAAGCACGGCCAGCUAGCACGGCCAGCGCCAGGACCAGGCCGAGGGAGGCCAGACCAAGGGAGGCACGCGUGCUGCCGGGCGGACAGAGGCUGAGGCCCACACCCCAUGCCUGGGCAGGAGCGCUCCCUGGCCCCAACACAUCGGGGCUCCGAGGCAGUGACCAGAACGUGGUCUCAAGGUGGUGGGGGCUAUGGGGGCUGCGGGGGCUAGCCCUGCCGCACUUUGUCAUGGGAGCCCAGGGUACCCGCCUCCUUUUCGUAACACUGUUCCCCCCGGUCAGCCCAUCUCCCUGUCCUCCUCCAUUCCUCACGCCAUCUCUGUCCCCAUCCUGAGUCCUGGAAUGGCCCUGGGUGCCUGCCCCUCACUGUGCAACUCUGGGAGCAGCCCGGCAGGUUGGGGCGUCUUCCAGAACCUCUCCCUUCUGGAGUCACUCUGCACUGCGGGCUAAACAUGUUUCCAAUGUGAUUCCUUCCAGUGAGCCAAACCCGGUGGCUGCUUCAUGAGCCUGACUGCCUCUUGCCUGCUCUCAGCAGGAAGGGACCCCUGGAGCAGGCUGGCCCGGGGUGGUGAAGUAGCUGGAGCCCGAUCACAGUCCCGCGGUUUGUCAGGGGGCCCACCUUCUAGAUGACCCCUUAAUAAAGUGAUGGACCCACAGAAGAAA